GAUGAGUACUGCUACUAGCAAUAAUUUCUCAAACCUCUUUGAGUUUACAGAACUCACCCCCAGAACUAAGGACCAUCUCAACCAGGUGUAUGGAACUCUUUCCAUUGGCUGUCUAUGAGCAGCAGCUACCUGCAUGUGGACUCCAGCAUUCGUUGUUGAUAACUUUUGGUUCAUGCUAUUAAGUAUCAUCGGAACGAUUGGUUUGGUACUCACCAUGUUUGCGAAAAAAGGAAACCAAGACCAUGGAACUAAGUUCCUAUGCUUCCUCGGAGUAACUUGCAUCACUGGUGCUGGCCUCAGACCACUUAUGGAUUUAGCUACUGAAAUCGAUCCAACCAUUAUCAUCAAUGCCUUACUCUACACUGGAGUUAUCUUCGGUUCAUUUACUUUUGCCAGCUUGAAAACUAGGAGAAGAAGCAUGUUGUUCAUUGGAGGAUUCUGUGGCUCAAUUAUGCUAGGCUUAGCUGUGACAAUGCUAUCCUCAUGGAUCUUCGGACUCAGCUUGAUCAGCUACUUUGCAUACAACGUCAUCACACUGGUAGUCUUCAGUUUGUAUGUGAUCUAUGACACCCAGUUGAUCGUUGAGAAAGCCUGUCUAGGAGACUUCGACUAUUGCAUCCAUGCUUUAGAAUUGUUCAUCGAUAUGGUGAAGAUCUUCACUAAGAUUGUCAAAAUCUUGAUAAUUCUGUCAGAUAAGAAGAAGAGUGACUAAAUAAAAUGAUAGAAAUUGCUUGUAAAAUUUAUUG